GAUGCCAUCGUCUGCGAUCAGUUCCAACCGAGACGUCGGUGCGAUCAGUUCAGCGCGAGAAGUGCACCAUUAGGAAGCUACGCGUAUAUCCCAUCUGUGUUUGCCCACUGAUAAUCAACUAAAAUCGUUCUUUAGAAUCGCGAUCUCUGGCGCGAUGUGUCGGGUUGCAGUAUUUGGUCUGGUAGUAGCCGCACUGGUAUUUCCCGCGGCUGCCGAAAGUGAUCAAGCAGCCACUUUGCUGGACUAUAGGAAUUCUUUCAUCUCUUACGAACGGAAAGGGCUGGACUCAUGCCCCAUUACGUACUACCGGGAAACCUGUACCGAUUAUGCACACAUCGUUUUGAUUAAAAAAUUUGGAGAAAUCGAAUCAUGGGAAGAUCCCCUUUGCCUCGGUGCAUUCAUAUCGGAACGAUUCGUUCUCACGAAGGCCAGUUGCAUCCGCCCAAAUGGUGCCGCCGAGUUGAAAUUGUACUCUGCUAACAAUCUUCACGAGGAGCUGUUUUUGGCCUCUGUUCAUCAUCAUCCGGACUUUGGGCUUGCCGAGGGAAACGAUUUGGCUGUCCUGAAACUGAACGCGUCCGUUGGCUUUAGUAAAAAUGUUGCCGCAGCGUGCCUCUGGGAUGCAGACUCCAUAGAUUUGUACUCCAAGGUUCAAGAAAUGGAUUUUGAUUCUAGUAUGAUGAAACCAAUGUACAAUUCGACAGUAUGUACAGGAGAGGCCAAAAACAAAUGUCUCAAAUCGGCCCAGCAGCUGUGGUGUCAAAGGAAAUCGCCCGUAGGAUUUCUGCAAAUUCGACAAUUAGGCCAGCACAAAAUGCACCCCAUGAUUGCCAGCUUGGGUUGCAACGGUGAUAACGAGAUUGUUCCAUUGGCGAAGCACUUGCCGUGGAUUAGAGAGGUGACGAAAAGUACUAAUUUGGAAUACAACUACACGGAUGUUGGAUUGGGAGAGAAGUGUUUCAAAAGUCAGAAUGUUACGGGGGUUUGCCUGCCACUCGAGUCUUGUCCGAAGGCUUUUAAGAAUAUUAAGGAUAUCAAGAAAAAUCAAUCCGUGAAUCCGUGCGGGUUUGAUGGCAACGACGUGUUAGUUUGUUGUACCACAGAAGACAUGCUGAAGGGACCUGACACGGAGGCUCGGUUCCAAGAUAUUGUCCAGGAAAUCGAGGAAUGCGAAAUGUUGUACGACGAGUUCAGACGAACCCCGGAAGAGCAUCAGCUACAUUCCCAGAUGGCCAUUAUUGACGGUCAUGAAUCGACAAAUUGCAGUGCAACAUUAAUCACUGCUCGGUAUCUUCUUACGUCGGCGCAAUGUGUGCUUGGCUUGGAUCUCAAAAAGUCGACAGUUUGGCUCGGUCUGGGAAACGACAUCGAAAAUGUGGUUCAGAAAAAUGAAAUCUACUCUGUGGUGCCGCAUCCCAAGUUCACGUCGAAGUCAAACCACUACAACGUGGCAGUGGUCAAAUUGCGCCAUCCUGUGCUGAUACACACCUCUAGCGUACCGGCCUGCUUAUGGCGAGAUAAGGCUAAAAUGCCUGCUGACUUCAGUGCCGUUAGCAUCCACGGGCCGGAACAAAGUCCUACUGCAGUGGGAGCCAGCGCAAUGUACUACAGUGAUUGUCGCCGACUGUUUAACCCAGAUCUGAUCCCAUCGGAAAUGUGCGUCCUCUAUCAGGGCCAGCAGCAGUGUGAGCCAAAGGACCACUAUGAUCAGUGUCGACAGCCCGGAAGUGGACUGUUCUCGAAUCUUUACUACGGGAACGACAUGAAACCGGUGACGUACGUCGUUGGAAUCUACAACAGUGGAUAUCAAUGCGACAAAGGGGGACCAGCUUUGUACACGCGAGUGAGUGAGUAUUUCGAGUGGAUUAAGAGCGUAGUUUAUUUGGACUCCCAAAUUGGUGAAUAAACAGAAGGCGGAAUCAACCAUUUGUUUGAUGAAGCUCUAUAUUGUCUCAGGUUAAACUCUAGAUGGUAAAUACUUAUAAACUUCAAA